CGCUUUCUCCGGCUGAAAAGAACUACUGACAAAUAGAAAAGGAGGCUUUGAGUCUGGUGUACGGAGUAAAGAAAUUCCACCAAUACCUUUGGGGGCGGAAGUUCGAAUUGUUAACCGACCACAAGCCUCUGAUCGCGCUGUUCGGAGAAUGCAAGGGACUACCAACGAUGGCAGCAGCACGCAUACAGAGAUGGGCAAUCAUAUUGUCUGCUUAUGAUUAUCACAUUACCUACAGGCGAUCGGAGGAGCACGGUAAUGCAGAUGGACUAUCCCGUAUCCCCCUGCCUGAGACAAUAGACGAUGGUACAAAGACAAUAACUGCUUCUCUCAACGCACUGAUUUGUGAGCACCUGGAGGAGGCGCCAUUAAGUGCAAAACAAACAUCAAAGGCUACACGCAAAGACACUGAGCUCUCACUACUACACAGAUACAUCCAGUUAGGGUGGCCAACUGAAAUUCCCGAAAAUUUCAGGGUAUUUCACAGAAAGAAAGAUGAACUUUCUGUAGAACAGGGAUGUGUUCUGUGGGGAACAAGAGUAGUGGUGCCAGAGAAAAUGAGAAGAGUAGUGUUAAAAGAGAUCCACGAUGAACACCCUGGUAUCGUAAAAAAGACAAUUGCACGACAAUAUGUCUGGUGGCCAAAUAUUGACAUGGACGUCGAGAAGGUCUGCAAGCGGUGUGAGACGUGCCAGCUAGAACAAUGCAUGCCACGCCAUGUUCCACUGCACCCAUGGGAGUUUCCUGGAGGGGUAUGGAGAAGGAUUCACAUGGAUUUUGCAGGUCCAUUUAUGAGUCACAUGUUUAUGAUAGUGGUUGAUGCGUACUCCAAGUGGCUAGAGGUCUUCAAAAUGUCACAGAUAACCUCAGCAGCCACCAUCACAAGGCUUAAAAGACUGUUUGCAGCACAAGGAGUACCCGAACAAAUCGUCACUGACAACGCCACAACCUUCAUGUCGGAUGAGUUCCAACUCUUUAUGAAAAGGAACGGAAUCUUGCACACUACUGGAGCACCGAAGCAUCCUGCUACAAAUGGACUCGCUGAGAGAUGCAUCGCAACCUUCAAGGCGGGCAUGAAGAAGCUUGCAAAAGAGAUCCUGAGUGUUGAGGAUAAGAUUUCACACUUCUUACUGCGUUAUCGCACAACACCAAAUGGUACAACUGGAGAGUCACCAGCAGACUUGACUUAAAGAGACAUGUACGAACACGGCUGGAUUUCCUUAAACCGAGCAUCUCUGAGACGGUGAGGAGGAGACGGUAUCAACAGAAGGAGAAAAAUGAUCGUCAGUCUGCCGAAAGACAGUUUGAUGUGGAUGACCCCGUUUAUCUCCGCAACACAGCAGGAGAACGUCCCAAAUGGAUCCCUGGAGUAGUGACACAACGGACCGGACCAGUGUCAUACCAUGUGCAAGGUGAAACUGAUCAGGUAUACAGGCGCCAUGGAGACCAGCUGCGUCUUCGAUACCCACCUGACAUUUUAGAUCCUGGACCUGAAAGUGUGACUCAGUCAGCUGAGCAGGAGAAAGACUUUGACGAACUGGAGUCCACAAUUCCUAAAUCACCAGCUUUUGCACCAGACCCGCCUGAACCACUUGUGCCAGAGACAGUAGCUUUGAGAUGUUCAGGACGUAGAGCACAACGCCCUUUACGUUACAGGGAUUGAUUGUGAUGUCGUAAUUGAAACAUGUUCACUUGUUUAUUAUUGAAGAAAUGUUAUGCAGUAUGAUGGAUAAGGAGAUGUGAAAUUGUUAUGUAUCUUUAAACUAAGGGGGGAGGUAAUCUGGUGUAUUAACCAUCAUAGAUUUGUAUGUUGUUUGGACACAUUGACUUCCCGUACUUUGUAUUGCCAUCUACUGCGCAUGUGUGAAAUGUUACCUGAAAAGCCUAGGCACAAUUCCCCCACGAGGUUAAUGGUGCAACUCGACGGUCGAAAACAUUAUAGAAAACGCGUGUGUGUGCCUCGUCAUUUCAAGACACAACAUUUACAAUAUUGAAUGUUCUGCAAAGAGCAUUAGUUACAGCUGUUGUGAAAGCACUAUAUAAAUUAAGACGAGUUGCAAUGUAUUGAGUCACUGAUGGUGUAGUGGUCCACUCACCUGACUUGUGUGUGGGCAGCGUGGGAGUGUUUUCCCACAACGCUGAUCAGCAAUCACCUUUUCUGAAAAAG